AUGUCUCCCGAGGCCCGCGGCGAUGUGAUCAAGAUGCACUUCUACGGACGGCAAUUUGUCGGCCGGGCGACGCAGGACUUCCGCCCGCGAGCCGCUGUAGCAGCCCUGGAGAGCGACGGACUGUGCAUGCCGAACCACCGCGUCAGCGGCGCCCAGAAACGCCCCAAAGCUCCGCCUGCGCGUCGAGCCAAGCCCCGAGGCUCCUCCCCCACGCAGACGCAGCUCGCCAUGGCCGAAUCGCUGCGCACGGGCGUGCGCUCCGUGUACCUGCCGCAGCACAUUGUGGUGCUCGUGCACGGCAACAACGGCUCGGCCGCCGACUUCGACGCCGUGGAGGCCGCGCUCAAGGCCAAGUUCGGCGAGCGCCAGAUGCUCAUCAUCAAGUCGCGCGCCAACGAGCCGGACACGUCGCUGGGCGUGGAGAUCGGCGGCACGAGGCUCGCGAAAGAGGUCGUGGAGGCCGUGUUCGAGUACGACCUGAGCCCCGCGGUGAGCAGCUACAAGCUGUCGGUCAUCGGCCACUCGCUCGGCGGACUCUACGCGAGAUACGCCAUCGUCCAGAUCAUGGACGCGCUCAGCUGCCUGCACAUGGAGUACGUGGACUUCGUCACGAUCUGCACGCCGCACCUCGGCUCGAGGCGCGCGAGAGGGCCCUCCACCGUGAAGACUGGCAUUGAUCUUCUCCUAGAUGCUCAAGUGCAGCAGCAAGAGGGGGUGACGGAUGCGGAUGCCGUUGAGCCUGCUCGCCCGUUGCUGGAGGUGAUGAGCGACCCGGAAUCGGAGUUUAUCCGCUCGCUUAAGCGCUUCAACCACGGCACGCUGGUUGCCAUGACAGACGGCGAUGUGGUGGUACCGUACCCCUCGGCAUCCAUGCGCAGCCACAGUCCGUACGUCAGCACGUUCCUGACCGAGCGCUACAUGGAUUGGCGAUGGCAUGUCCGCCACUCCGGGUUCUGCCAAUGCGAUGAUAGCGGCCGCACCCAUCCUGCGUAUGCGGCGUUCUUGGAGCGACUAAACGCCAAGAUUGAUACUUCUAUCGAGAUCGAGAAGCACGAGCUGGGGCUUGACGCAACGUGUGCCCCGAGAUAUCCCAGCAUUGAGGGCUUCGACUGCGACAACAAGCAAGAGGUAGAGUUCCCUCACGAGAUGCUGUGCAGUCUGCAACACUCGAUCCCGUGGAGACGCAUUGAUGUGACGGUGGAGCCGUGUGGUAUGAAAGGCAAGAUGCGUCUGCAUGACUGGCCGAUCAACAAGAUGCAGCCCCCUGACUGCCGUGCGGACGAGUUCAUCGACCUGCUGUGCGAUAUGAUCGGGGCCGACCACCAAAUGCGGCCUCUUACUACACCGGAUACAGUCGGUAUGAUUCACGAAAGUCCCGCGCUCGCGUUGGCGCGUAGGCUCCGAAAAGCUACCAAACGAACUGAUGGCAAUACUACGAGUGACAGUGGAGGUGCUGAUAGCGACGCUGACCCACACUGCUCGGGGACGACGUCUCCGACCUCGGGCUCAUCUGUAACAUCAAGUGACACGAACGGCGAGCGCUUUUCAGUCCAAGUGUAG